AUGCAUACUCGUGCACCUCCGAUAGACGAACAGGGACACAUACCAGACAAACCUCGCUAUUACCCGAAUCUCACUGAGCCUUUCAUGGUGACCAUGCGACAGUUAGGUGGUGAUGGUGUUAAUGAUGUCAAGAUUAAUUGGUGGUAUAUUGCUCAUCUGGAUGAAGGGGUGGUUGCUGGAUCUGCUGGUAAGGCGGAGGGGUUUACUCCAAAAUUCUUUCCGUUGAAGGAGGCAGUAGAGAAGCUCAGCUUCGAUAAUGAUCGGACUGUCCUUCAGAAGGCGAUUGCAUUAGUGGAAGCUCAUUAA